AGCAUGUUUAUACGGCGGGUUAUAGUCGCACCACUCACACACUUGCACGCUCGUGUUUGCGUUCUUGAAAACAUCGCAUUUGCUUUAUGUCGCAUGUACACUUCGCUCGUGAAAACAUUACACAUAUGUGAAUGUAUGUAAAAUCAACACCGGCAAUGUGGCACGAAUGUUUACCGCGAGCAUGGUCGAACUUACUUCGCGAAUGAUCACACAGAUGGCGCUGCAUAGCUAGAAAAGUGGUAUCAACUUCACUAUUUCCGAACAUGAACAAUGAAUUCUCAACCUAAAAGUAUAAUAGUGUUAAUGCAAUCAUGGUUGAACAACGAACCCGGCAAGUACUGUUUGUUGGGCGUAUGAUUUAUUAAGCACUAGCGUUUGCUGAAAGCUACCAAAAAAAUUCCAAUACCCCUGUGAUGUUUUGUGGAUUAUUGUAGUACUAUUUUUAGCAAUACAGCCUGGCACGUUUAUCAUGAAUUAAAAAAUAGAUAACUACAAAUAGAGCUAUUAUUAUAUUAUUAGAUAGAUGAUAAAGAUCGCUAAUUUGUGCAGAUGAUGUUUCCCAUUAACAAUGAGACAUAUAUAUAUAUGGAGGUGAUUUGUUCUAUUUGCUUAUAAAUUUCCACCUUCAGCAAACGUUAAACGAAAGCAUUGUGCGUUAAAUAGCGUGCGUGGAACAAAGAGUGACAGCUGUCAAAAUGAAGCAAAGUAAUAGGCUCGUGAGCUAUUUUAGUGCAUUGGUUGUUAGCAUCGUUCUUUACGCAACGUUGGAAGUUAUCAACUGCAAUGAAGAGCGAAUCCCGGUGUACUAUCCCAAUCGGAUUAUUUUCACGAAUGAAACCAAACCGUUUACUGUGCGAGUGACACGAUUUAUCUGUACGGAAACACCGUACGAAUUGUCAGAACUAUUGCAGUGCAAAACUGUCUUACGCCGCAACAGCCCGACAUUCUUUAACGUUUCUAUACACGUACCGAUAGUGUUAACCAAAGCUUACAUCGAAGUUGAAACGUUCUACCGGUUGAAUGAUUAUCAUUCAUUUCCAGUUACGUUAUCCGCGGAAGUUUGUGCAUAUUUCCGCAACCCAUCGGAAGAUAUUUUUUCGCGCCAUGUUAUGUCUGUCAUGUUGGAAACGGUACCGCAUUUUCUCUACUACUGUCCACAAGGGAACACAACUUAUAAUGCAGUGUAUUGGCUGGAGGAUAAAUUCUUUCCCAAAUCCAUACCAGCCGGAGACUACCGGCUAGAUGUGCGGUUCCUUACUGAGCAUAACAUAACUUUACUUGCAUUUCAAGCUUACUUCUCUGUCCGGCGAAGGGGUGUAUGGAGAUCGUUAAUCGAAUGGUAGCAAGCUUAAGAACAAUAAGUUUAAAAAAUAUUUAUUGUGCAGUCAAGAGACAAUAAAGUAAUGUACUUUAAUUCCUUGCCAGUUCGAUUCGUAACUUUUUUUAGAAUGUCGGUUUAUAAAAUGUUUUAUUUGUUUAGUAGAACUGUAUAGUACUUACGGGUACUUACGUUUGAACUAAUCUCUCAUGUAUUUAACUAUGUUCAGAUAGUACACGAGCUAUCCGUGCAUUUCAAACUAUGAUGUAAUUUCGUUUAUAUUUGAUAGGUAGAGAGUCAAUUUCCUUGUUUUAUGUGUUUCAGGAUUUCAGGCGAAUUAUGAAAACAUAUAUUUACAAAAGUUAAAACAUUUUUUUUCAUCUAAAUAGAAACCAAUAUGAAUACCAAUACCAAGUAAUCAACCAAUGAUAUUACAUAGGCAGAAAAGUGUUUAUGGAUUAUAUCUCAUUUACAAAUGUAAACUAAACAUUUGUUAACAUCAAAAGACAAUUAUAUUACACAAUUAUUGUUUAACAACGAACAACCUGAAACGUAUUGUCAGUUGUGCGAAUAACUCAUUAUGCCCUAACAUGUGCUCAGAGUUACCAACCAAACUGGAACAACAAUUUUCUGAUGUUUUGUGGAUUAUUAUCAUACUAUUACUAUUUGAUUGGUAAUUUGAUAAGGAUUGAUGUUUUUUCCACUGUUCCAAUUACGACGUGACAACCAUAUAUAUGGAGGUGAUUUGCUCUUUUUUGGUUUAUAAAUUUCCACAAAAUUCAUACCUUCAGCAGAUGGUGAACGAAAGCAUCAUAAUCAUCGUUAUUAGCAUUGCGUGUUACAUAGUGUUUGUGGCACAAAAAGUGACAGCUGUCAAAAUGAAGCAAAGUAAUAAGCUCGUGAAUUUCUUUAGUAUAUUACUCGUUAGCAUCGUUCUUUACGCAAUGUUGGAAGAUAUUAACUGCAAUGAAGAGCGAAUCCCGGUGUACUAUCCCAAUCGGAUCAUUUUCACGAACGAAACCAAACCGUUUACUGUGCGUGUGACACGAUUUAUCUGUAUGGAAACACCGUACGAAUUGUCAGAACUAUUGCAGUGCAAAACUGUCUUACGUCGCAACAGCCCCACGUUCUUUAACAUUUCCAUACAUGUACCGAUAGUGUUAGACAAAAUAUACAUUCAAGCUCAAACGUUUUAUCGGUUGAACGAUUAUCAGGCAUUUCCACUAACUUUAUCCGGGGAGCUGUGUUCCUAUUUCCGCAACCCAUCGGCGGAUAUCUUUUCGCGCCAUGUUAUAUCUGUCAUGUUUGAAACGUUGCCGGAUUUUCUCUACUACUGUCCACAAGGGGUACUAUAAGCCAACUGUGUAUCUGCAGGAUUUUAAAUUUGUUUUCUUCUUUUGCAGAACAGAACGUAUACGGCAGUGUUUUGGCUAGAAGAAAAAUUCUUUCCCAAAUCCAUGCCAGCCGGAGACUACCGGCUGGAUGUACGGUUUCUUGCUGAGCAUAACAUAACUUUAGCUGCAUAUCGAGUGUACUUUUCCGUCCGGAGGAUGGGUAUAUGGCGA